ACGAAUUUAAUAUUUUUAAAAUUAACGAAGAAAUUGUAGAAAAAAAAUAUUCAAUAUCCGAAUAUCGUUCGACAUCUUAACCAAUUUUGUCGUGCGCUUUCGUAAAAUUUUCGUCGCCAGGAUUUAAUAAUAAUCGGAAUUAAAAAAUUAGACAAAAUACAUUCCAUCCAAAGAGAAUUUAUAGAAUUUUUCAAUCAUUUCGAGUUGAAUAAUAAUCGACAAGUUGAUCUUGCGAUCGCGAAUUUUCCUUUUUCGAAUUAUCAUAAUUGUUGUCCAUCUUUUUUCACGAUAAAUUCCACAACGAUACAACGAAGCGAAAAUUUAAAAUACGCUUUUUACACUUCUCCGAAGAGAUAAAUAUUUUAAAACAAUAUAUUUUAAUUGGUUAAAAUUAAUUUGCAACAAGAGGGAUAAAGGGGACGGAUUCUAAUUCGUGUAACAAUGGCCGGAGACAGGUUAGUUUCGGAUGGUAACACGUGUGAAAGCGUAUAGAAACACGGAGACGGUGUGGGGAGGGGAUAGGUUUAGAAAGGGAAGGGAAUGUAGGUGACGAGGAAUUGGGAUAAUGGAAGGAAGAAAGGGUGAUAUUAAGGUGUGUUAUGGCUGUUACAGGGCGGGCACCAAGCCGUGUAUAUUAUUAUUAAGGUAAUGUAAGAUUAAGGUAAUAUUAAAGGCAAUAUAAUAGAACAGUAAAUCCUCCUUUUCCUUCAUUUUUACUCUUACACCGUGUUUAAAACGUUUCUGAAUAAUUUCCCUCCUUCUUCCUUAUAUUUUCUGCCUCCUAAUGCGCUGUAAUGUCUAUGUUAACGCAUUGAUGACAUAUAAUACGCGCUACGUUUCUUGGUUAGCUUAUAUAUAUAUAUAUAUAUGUUGUUCGAAAAGUAGUUUCGUUUCUUCGCACGAGCGUCGCUAGUCGAACGUUUAAUCCAGCCAACUUCACUCUAAACCGUGUCAUUAUUGUUAUAUAUAUUUUGAGAGUUGGUAUUUCGUGGUUUAUUUAUAAGAAAAAUUCGUUUGAUUCUGUGCUGUUUGUGUUUUUCGUGCGCGUGAUAACAAAAAUGCAGGGCCGAAAGGAGGAUUUUCAGCAUAUUUUAUCACCGAAAAGAGAUGAGAUGACCAUUCAAGAUGGGAAGAUUCAUUUUAUUUUUCCUCGUGAAAAACAAGAACAAGGACUGUGUUACAAUCGGAGGGUCAAACGAGGGAGAAAAGAAGCAACCUUCUAUCGUGAUAGAAACCGUAUUGUGUGUGGUCUUUAUCCAGGAGAAUGUUUUAAAAAAAUACCGUACUAUGAAAAAAUUAUUAACAAUUCAGGUAAAAAAAAAAAAAUUAAGAAGUUCAAGUUUGAGGAGAAUCCAGAUGGAGAAAGCUGGUUUGUAUUUUUUUAAAUUAAAAAAUAUUAU